CCGCGUGCGCGCUUUCGUACGAAUACGGGCUCUUCUUGCGCGCGGUCUCUCGCUGACGCUCGUUUCCAAGGAUCUCCCGGAGGCACGCGACGCUGCAUUCGACGCGUCAUUCGCUGUCAUUCGCUGUCAUUAGUGCGUACACGUGUGCUCGGACCGCUCAGAUUGUCAGAUCCGAAUUCUGCCGCCGGCUCAAGGAGAAUCAAUCCUGUCCUCCGACAUAACGCCGAAGUUCCAGAAAAAUGCAGUACCUGCUACCGCUAUUUUUAGUAGUUUUGAUAAUACAGACAUCGGUCGCGCCGCCAAUCGAAAAGAAGAAUGAGGAUCACAAGAACAAGGAGAACGAAGUCGAUGACACGGCAAAUGAGGAAUAUCCAAUGGAGUAUCACCGGUACCUGAAGGAGGUGGUCCAGGCGUUGGAAAGCGACUCGGAAUUUCGUGCAAAAUUGGAAAAGGCUAACGAAGACGAUAUACGUACAGGCAAGAUAGCGCACGAGCUGCAGUUUGUGGACCACAAGGUCAGAACGAAACUGGACGAACUGAAACGAGAGGAAUUGGAGAGGCUGCGACAUCUCGCCACCAAAGAGCAUAAUCUGAUGAAUGGUCUGGAUAUAGACCAUUUGAAGAUAGCGGAACAUUUGGAUCACUCCAACACGCAUACGUUCGAGAUGGACGAUCUGAAGAAGUUGAUCGCCAAGACUACGAAAGAUUUGGAGGAUGCCGAUAGACGAAGACAGGAGCAAUUUAAGGAAUACCAGAUGCAGAAGAAGUUUCAGGAGGAACAAAAAAUGAAGGGUAAUACCGAUAUGAAAGAGGAGGAGAAGAAGAAAUACGAGGAAGAAUUAGAAGCGAUGAAGAAAAAACACAAGGAUCACAAACCUCUACAUCAUCCCGGUAGCAAGCAACAACUGGAGGAAGUGUGGGAGAAGCAGGAUCAUAUGGAGGAUCAAGAAUUUAAUCCCAAGACAUUCUUUUACCUUCAUGAUCUAGACGGUAAUGGUUUCUGGGAUCAUGAUGAGGUGAAGGUUUUGUUCUUGAAGGAGUUGGAUAAACUUUAUACUGCAGGCGCACCUGAAGAUGAUAUUUACGAGAGGCGGGAAGAAAUGGAAAGGAUGAGGGAGCACGUGUUUAAUGAAGCCGACCUUAAUCGCGACGGUCUCAUAAGUUUUCAAGAAUUCUUAGAGCAAACGAAGAAGCCCGAUUUCCAGCAGGAUGAAGGAUGGCAGGGAUUGGACGAGCAACAAAUUUAUUCUCAGCAAGAAUACGAAGCUUUCCAGAGGCACCGAGAGGAAGAAAUUCAGAAAGUGGUCGCCAAAGGAAUGUUACCACCACCCCCUGAAACUGCACAUCUACCCGUCCAACAUGAACAGUUCCCACCGCAGUACCAGCAAUACCAUCCGCAACAAGUGCAUCCUUCACAACAGCAGUAUCCAGGACAGCAGAUACCACCGCAACAACCGAUCGGCCAUGCGCCACAAUAUCAGGCGCAACUGCCACAGCAGCAGGUCUAUCAUCCGCAAGCUCCACCUCAGCAACAGUAUCCCGGCCAGAUCCCGCAGCAGCAACAGCCGCAGUAUCAAGUGCCAGUCCCGCAGCAGCCUCAGUUCCAGGUUCAGCAGCCUCAGCAAGCGCAGCAACAAUUCCAAGGCCAUCCCCAGCAGGCUCAACCGAUUCAGGGUCAGCCUCAGCAGGCCCAGCAACAGAUCCAGGACCAGCCUCAGCAGGCUCAGCAGCAACAACAAAUGCAGAAUCAAGUGCCACAGAGUAUUCAGAGUAACGUUCCGUCGAGCAGUCAAGAUGCUGCGCAAGCUAGUCACAAUCUUCCACAGCAACCAGAUUUGAACCCCGCUAAACAACAAAUCAACCAGAACAGUAUAUCGAAAUAAGCAGUGUAGAUAACACUAUAUGAAUAGUUGAUAAAAAUGUUGUUUUUAACUCAUUUCUUUCUAAAUCGUGGACCAAUAAAGAUAUCGGACAGUAUUCUAUGGUUCUCGAUUUAAAAAGACUGUAUGAAAUUUGCCAAAAAAAUUCUAAUUUCAGAGAAGUGCAACCUAGGUAUAAACCUAUGUUUACAGAAAUGUCGAUAAUGAUUUUACUUUUGUAUUACUUUAAAGCUUCGUAAUUCAUUCAUAUUCAGUUAUGACACUAGAAGCAAGAAAUCAUGUAAAUUCUUUUUCUUGCGAUAUAUAAAUUUUAUUUUCUCGGAUUAUUAAAUCAAUUAAGAUUUACAGUUCACUGAAUUAGAAAGGGAAUCUUUGAACGCAUUUAAACCAUAUCAGUAAAAUAACUAGACCGCUCACUGAACAAAUGCUUAAACAUGGUUAACGAAUAACUCAUACAUUGUUGAUUACAUAUAUUUUUGAAAUAAUACAAACUAUAAUUUUUGUUGGAAUAGAAAUUAUAUACUAAAAAUCAUCGCACAUUACUAGAAUGAUUCCUAUUAACUCUUACAAUAGAAUGUGAAAAACGGUAUUUUAUCCAUACAUAAACAGAAGUAUUUCGAGUCCAAUUUGUUUCUUCUAUUUAAAAUAAUUCAAAAAAUCUAUAAAAAUUCCUGAACAUACUUUCAAGUUUGUAGACUAAAUGUUUAUAAUUCAUUUUGGAAAAAGAUAAAAUGUAUAACUUAAUUACCGAAGAUUAAUCAAAAAUUGGAUAAAAGUGUUAUUUGAUUUAAAAAAAUUAUACCUUUUUAUAUAAUAAAUGCAUAUAGGAAAAUAAAUCUAAGGUUUUCUAGUUUAGAGUUUUCAAGAUAGCUUUUAAAAAAAAAUACAGGUACUUCAAAUUCUUCAAAAGUACAACCACAGAUCUGUGAAAUUAAGGGUUCUAAAAGAAACAAUAGAAUAGUGAUUUCCUACACAAUUUUGAAUCCGAAUCUACCAGCGAGAAAUGUCUAUCACAUCAGAUUUUUGAGAUAUAUGUGGUAAUACGAGCGAAAAACAGUGAUUUUUGAGGCAUUACUAUAGUUGAUCAAAUUAUAUUUUUAAUAUUCUCUCAGCGGCAUCAUAAAAUACUAAAUGAUAAAUCUUUUACCUUUAAGUAACAAUUUGUUUAUUCCUGUAUAAUUUUUUUUUGCUAAGUUACGAAGGUUUCAAGAUGGAAACUUUUCGACAAUGAGACUAUGUACUGCGAAAAAUCGGCAACUCGGUGAAUUAUAAAGUAUAUCCAAAGUAUCGACUACCAAGACGCGGCUCCGAUGGCACGGCUACGUUUCUCGUGAGAGACAUGACCAGUUUGGUACAUAAGACAAUAGCCAUGGGCGCAACCAUGGCCAUGCCUAUGUGCUACAUAUCUCUUCGUCAUUAGCAAAUCAUUAACUAUUUUAUACUACUGUUAUUGCUCUAUUUUUAUGCGUCGAUACUUUGAGUGUACUUUAUAAUUCACCGAGUUGCCGAUUUUUCACUACUUCCGCAGUGUAUAGCCUCAGGUCGUCCUACCACAUAAAGCUCUUCCCCAUUAGAAAAUUUUUUAAGGAAAAGUUAAAAAGUAAGGAAUCUUUGGAAGUUACAAGAAAUUUCCGUGGAUAGAAAUCGAUCGGACUCGAAAUAUACCUCCAUUUGUAAUGGUUAACUCUUCGGAAAGGGUUAACCAAACCUAACAACUUAAGUAUAGAUUUUCAUCUUCGGAUAAUGUUACAUUUUCUAAUUUUGAAGAUAUUUCCACGAUGUGAAAUGAAAACUAAUAAGAUGUCCAGAGUUAGGAACAUUAUCUUAAAAAA